GGUGCUACAUCACCCUCUUUUGUCGUUACUCAGCAGCUGCCGUGGAACUGGAAAGUCCCUAACAGUUGAAUAGGUUUCAGACAGGAAAACUGCGGCUAAAACCGUCAUUUUAAAAGAACUCUCGUGAUAUUUGUUUCGCGCCGUUGUCAAAUAUGAGAUUCAUGUCGCCUGUUUGAGCCGCGGUUUAGUUUCGAAGCGAAUAUUUACCCGAGCGCUAGCUUAGUGUUAGCGGGCUAGCUCUUUGUAAGGCUAGCUGCUAGCUUGGGGAUGUGUUGUUGUUGUUGAGGCAGGCAGCCCUCCCGUCGUCUGGGAGAGGGGGAUCCAUCAGCUGUGGAUGGAAAUACGCCCUUCCCAGACACCGAUUUAACUCCGCGACAGGAACCGGGGAGAUUUGGCUGUGGUCAAGCGACUGAACUAGAGGGAAGGGUUCGAUUCUAGGGGAAGGAGAUGGGAAAUUGUUUGAAAUCUCCGACUUCUGAUGAUAUUUCUUUGCUACACGAAUCCCAAUCGGACCGGGCCAGCUAUGGAGACGCUGCUGACCUCGAUCAGGAGCCCCCGCCCCCUUAUCAGGAGCAGAUCCAUGUACCUGUUUACCACCCCACGCCCAGCCAAGCCCGACUGGCCACUCAGCUCACAGAGGAGGAGCAAGUCCGCAUCGCUCAACGCAUCGGACUCAUCCAGCACCUGCCGAAGGGCGUCUACGAUCCGGGCCGGGACGGAUCCGAGAAGAAAAUCAGAGAGUGUGUCAUCUGUAUGAUGGACUUUGUUUACGGAGACCCCAUCCGGUUCCUGCCCUGCAUGCACACCUACCACAUGGACUGUAUAGACGACUGGCUAAUGCGGUCCUUCACCUGCCCGUCCUGCAUGGAGCCCGUGGACGCCGCUCUGCUUUCAUCCUACGAGACCAACUGAUCCAAAACACCCGGAGCGCACACACCACUUCCACCUUUCAAAAUGAAUAUCCCGGAUUAGUAAGACGGUGGCGUAAAAGCAGUGGUCCAUGAAAACAUGUAUGUAAUUCUGCCUGUGAGUGAGUGAGCGAAUGUGAAGAGCCAGACUUUUGUGCGUUUGUGUGGGUGUCUGCGCUGUUCCUCAGCGGUUCUGCUGGACAGGACGGGAUCUGAGAAAGGACUGAAGAAAUGAAGAAGAACAUUCGAUCGGAGAUCAGCGAGUGUACAGGAAGCGGACGGAUGGUUGGGAACUUCCUGUAGUCUCCUUUUAAAUAUGCCAUACAUGCACACACGAGUACACUUUAAUUUCUGCCCAUCGUUGGAGAGGCGCUUCUUUAGACCUCCAUCAUUAGAUUAUGGGCUGAUUUGUUUUAUUUUUCUUUCCUUUAACCACUUUACUUUCAUAAAGCUAGACACUGGAAAAAAACAAUGGUAAAAUGUUUUCCAGUUUGUUAAAUUUGCUGCAAAAAAAGAUGCAAACCUGAGUUUUUUUUUAUUAUUUUUUCUUGUCGGCAUACCAUAGGACACUUUGGCUUCAGUGAACUGGUCAUGACUUGUCUUUUUGUACAGAUCGUUCCUGUAAAAAGAAGAAGAAGAAGAAGAAAUGGCUUGAUUGUGACUUUGUAAAACCUGUUUUUUUUUUUUUGCCUGUUACCAUAAGGGCUCUUUCCCACCAGUGUUUACCAACAAAACAGGAAGUGAGGAAGGAUAUUUCUCUUUGAGCGUCUCUUACUGUUGACUCUAUUGACUACAAAAAAGUUCAGAAAAUCAUGAAGUUUGACUAAAGUUUGUCACUCGAGUUUGUGCAGCAAUGAUCAAACUGAUGCAAAGGUUUUUGUCCCAGUUUUUUCUUGAAGCUUCUUGUGUUUUAGAAAAAGGUCAUCAAAACUCAAAUACGACGCAGUAAUACUUAUGUUGAUAUUUUUUCUGAUUUUAUCACAUAUAACAAUUUAUUUUUCUGUUUUUAUUCUCAUCAAGCGACCUUCAUCUCAGUGAUUUCAUUAUUUACUUUCAAUUGCAUCUUUUCCAGAUAAACCCUAUCACUAUAAAAGCACAAAAUAAGUGAGUCACUUAGCAAGUUGGCUGUCAGCACCUUAAUUUUUAUACAGUACUUUAAUGUUUUUCUUUUUUUUGUAACAAGAUUGAUCUUCAUGGCCUUAGGUUCUCCAUGAGAGCUGCUGAACACGAGCAAACAUCAGUUACCAUUAGGACGUGGGUUUGAGAACACAAGUGCCAUUGAGCUGUCAGCAGUCCGAUGUGUCAUGAGAAAUAAACAUGCAUCAAUCGUCUUUGUAUUUUGGGGUUUGGUCACGAUCUAUUGAAAGCCUGACGGCGCUGUGGUUUAACGGACAACCAUAUAACUUUUCCACAAAAAAGGGGGAAGUUUUGGAUUCUUGUGAGUUCCUCAAAGCCCCUCCGUCUCGCUGAUUAUUAACCACAUAGUCAGGAACAAUAUGACGCUGCAUCAUGACAAAAAACGUACCCAGAUAUGUAGGCGUUCUCCUUUCUCUCAUCUCCUUAAACUUUGCUGCACAAAAAACUUCACUAUCACAGGAUAUUGUGGUCUCUGCUUGUGACUAAAUAGAGGCCUUUUAUUUUGAAAAAAAAAAAAACAUCUGUUUCAUUGUAAAGAAAUUUUCUUUUUACUCUACUAGAAUAUAAAAGAAAGGUUUCCCACGUGAGUCAGGUAUGUGUGACAUGUGUCUAUGAGUGCUUGUAUAACUGUUCUUUGUUUGUAAGCUAAAUAUGCAUAUGCUCUGUACUAAAGGCAAAUAAAUAGACAUUGCAAAACAA